AUGGGCAGAGUUACAAGUGCUGACCCAUUUGUCAAUGAGAACCAUGGUGCCGUUGUUCGGCGUCCCGGGCGGCAGCUGCCGCCGGGAGGGCGGCAUGCUGCCGUCCAGUGGGGGCUGGACGGCAGGUGCCGACGUGGACCCGGGCGGCAGCUGCCGCCCGCCAGUGGUGGCAGCCCCGCCCACGCUGGCGGCGGGGUGCUGCCUGGGAGGGCGGUCAGUGCCGCCCCAGUUGGUGGGGCGCAGGUGUCGCCCAAGCUUGGCGCAGGUGCCGCCAGGGGUGGUGGGGGGGCCAGGCCCGCUGCGCCGGGCGACAGGCCCGCGGCGCUGGGCGGCACGCCUCGCCCGGGCGUGGGCGACAAGGCCCGGCGGCAGCUGGGCGGACUGCUCGCCCGCGCGCCGCGCAUCCCGCCCGCUGCGGGGUCCAGGCCCCUCGCCGACAGCGCUGGGCGGCAAGGCCGUCUGCCCGCCCGCGGGCGACAGGCCCUCGCCGCCGGCGGCGGCUGGGCGCAGCCUCGCCGCGCGCGUGGACAGGACACCUUCGCGACGCUGGCGGCAGGCCCGCGGCCCGGGGCUGGCAGGCGUCGCCCGCGUUGGGGGCGGCGCAGCCUUGCCGCAGGAAGUGGGGCGGCUGCUGGCCCCGUGCACCGGCGGCCGCGCCUCCGCGUGAGCGGCGGCAGGGCGCCGCUGUGCCCGGUGUGGACACCGUGCUCACGCUUCAGAGGGCCUUAUUUGGGAGUUCCGGACCUCCGAAAAAUAUUGCGGGACUGUUUCCGCGAUCCUCGCGAUAUCCGGACGUUCUCACAGCUACCAAUAAUUAGACAUACUUUUCGGUGA